AUGUCGUCCUUUUCAUUCACCUUGAAACUUCUGUCUAAUGCGCUUGGAUCUUUCAGAUCAUCAGCAGGCGCCUGUCCAUUGCUAGUUGUCGGUCAGGUUUGUCCACAGGAAAAUCCACUCUACUAUUUCAAAUGCUGCGGAGAUCUGAACGCAUCGUGCUGCUUCCGAUUGCAGGUACGAUUGGUGUAA